AUGUCAAUCGAAUGGGAAGAAGGUAUUGACCUAAUUGACUUCAUGAGUCCACAAGAAAGCAACAUGGAAGGAGUAACCUAUGAAGGAGUAAGUCAGGAAAAUGGAAAUGAGGAGGCCACAGAAGGUGAUCCAAAAGAUGAUGAAGAUGAUAAUGUACCAGAUGUGAAAGGAAAACCGAUGUUUAAUGAAGACAUACCUUGGAAGAAGCAAUUGCCAAUUCUAGUGGCAGCCAUUAGUUAUGUAAAUAGAGAUGUAGAGGCAUUUGUUGAUCCUUUAUAUCGUGCUUGCAUAUAUAUGAACACCUACAAGUACUCAAUAGGAAGCAUGAAUGGGAGUGCAAUGUGGCCUCCAACAAACUACAUACCACCUUUGCCACCUCUGAAAAGGAAAAUGCCAGGGAGACCCAUUACUAAGAGAAAGAGGGACGGUACUGAGGUCAAAAAAAGGAAGGCAGAAGGUGAAGGUGAAACUAGUGCAUUAAAGAAAGGGAAGAGUCAAGGGCAAAGGGCAAAGGGGGAAAAAGGAAAGGGUGAAGGUGAUACUGGAAGUGGAAUUGGUUUCAAAACGGGAGAAGGUGAAUGUGGUCAACAAGUGGUGUGA